AUGUUCAACCCAGGGUUUGGCGCCUACGACCCCGACGACCCGCAGCAGAUGUUCAACAUGGCGCGGUCCGGCAUGUCCAGCAGGAUGAUGCGCUUCGACGAGUACUUCCGCUGCUACCCGGUCGUCAUGGCCCCCGGCGCCGAGCGCCCCGACCUCAACUACGGCUCCAAGAUCCUGCUGCCCGUCUCGGCCCUCAACAAGAUCUCCAAGCUGCACGUCCAGUGGCCCCUGACCCUCGAGCUGGUCAACGGCGAGAAGGAGCGCCACUCCCACGCCGGCGUGCUCGAGUUCACCGCCGAGGAGGGCCGCGCCUACCUGCCCCAGUGGAUGAUGCAGACCCUGCAGCUCGACGUCGGCGACAUGGUCCAGAUCAAGUCCACCUCGCUGUCCCCCGCCAAGCUGGUCAAGCUGCAGCCCCAGUCCGUCAACUUCCUCGAGAUCAGCGACCCCAAGGCCGUGCUCGAGCGCGCCUUCCGCAACUUUGCCACCCUCACCCGCGGCGACGUCUUCAACUUCAAGUACAACGACGAGGUCUACGACAUCGCCGUGCUCGAGGUGAAACCCGAGACCGAGAAGAUGGGCGUCAGUAUGAUCGAGACCGAUGUCUCCGUCGACUUCGCCCCGCCCGUCGGCUACGUCGAGCCGGAGCGGCGCACGGGGAGCGGCACCAGCACGCCGCGGAGCACAAAGGGUGGACUGCCGGCUGGUGGACUGCUCCAUAGCCAGGGAACUAUGGCGCAGGAUAUUAACUACGAUGCCAUGAAGCCCAGCGCCACCGCCGCUGCCGCGGGCGCCCGCGCCGUCUCGUCACAUUUCAUCAGCGAGGGCCACAAGCUGAACGCCAAGAAGGGCGCAAAGGCGCCCACGCCCAAGCCGUCGACCCCCGUGGCCGGCACCUCGACCAACGCGCCGCCCCAACCCCUCCGGCGGACGAACGGUCCCAUGCCGCUGCGUCUCCCGCCCAACAAGCUGUUCUUCGGGUACGACAUCACGCCAGUCAAGACGGAUGCCGACAAGGAGGCCGAGAAAGAGAAUGCCAACCGGCCGCAUUUCGCCGGUCAGGGGCAGACGCUGAGGGGUGGCGCCGUCAAGCGGAAGGGCGACCAGGAGGAGAAGCCCAAGGCGGUGGAAAAGAAACCGGACGCCGGCCGGCGGUUGGACGGACGCAAAGUAUGA